UUAAACUAUUAUAUUUAAAAUCUAAAGCUGAAAAUUAUACGAGCUACUAUAUCUAUUACGCUGCAAGUAUAAUGGAUUAUUAUGAACUUAUCGUUCGCUAAUGUGAAGUCAAGUUAAGUUAACCAUUUCCAAAUAGAAGCGACUAGAUGGGAUUGGACGAAAUGUCUCAAGAAAAGUGAAAUUCCCCACGCGAUGGCGCAACUGAUGGAGGCAGCCAAGCAGAAUCCCCGCCAGAAAUUGCAGCUCUACAAUUUGUCGCCAGUCUUUUUAAAUCCCUCCAAUUUUGUUAUAAAGUCGAUGACAUUAUGGCUGCCGAGCUUAGUCAUAAUGUUCACCAACAGGCAGAAGCUUCAGGCUUUGGUUUUGAGCCUAGGACUUAGUGUAGCUCUGGUCCAAAACACCACUGGCGAUGAAGGGGAGACCGGUAGGUCAGGAAACCAUCUCGAUCUGUCCAGUUCGGCCACCGGAAAAAGCUUAGACCCGCCCCCCGAAUUCUACAGAGGACCAGAAUCGGUAGAUGGCCUGGAAACUAGUCCUUUGAGCGGAACCAACGGACAUCCUUCCCUAGGCAGUGUCGGUGAAAGUCUAAGUGAAACGUAUAAAAAGUGGCGCGGUCUUGGCGGUGCGGGUGUCCAACAACGUAUCAGUGUGGGUCACUACGCUAGCUCAGGGGAAGCCCCAUCGCACGCCCCGCCCGUGGGCAGCUUUGAGAGCAACUCUCAUCCGUAUCCCUAUGAGUUUUCCCAUGGUCAUGGAGCUGAAGCUGGAAUCGGAGCCGCAGGAUUCGGAGCAGGAAGUGGUGCCUAUUAUGGUAGCUCGAGUAUAGAGGCUGGUAUUCCUUUUGACGUCUAUGGAUCACGCCCGGGCCACAACCUGGGCCAUGGUCAUUUUUCCCACGCAGAGUAUGCAUAUCCGUACCCACUGGAACACCACGAACUAGCCGCCCAUAAAGGACCGGGUCACGCUGAGCUGCCAUCUAAAGCCCUCCUAGCCAAAAGCUUUUUAAUUCCACUGGCUAGUGCUGCGGUUUUGGGAAUAGCGGCUGCCCUAGUAAGCAAUCCUCUUCUUCUCCAGUUGGGCACGGUUUCUGGUCUGGGCACGAUUGUGGGAAAACGCAAACGACGAUCUGUCGAGGAGCUUGAUGCCCCUUUGAACUACUGA